AUGUCUAAAAAGCUCAACCCCCAGCUACAACACAAUAUCAGAGAAGAUGCCUAUUGUGAGACACACCUGGAACCACCACAGCUGUUCUGUGACAAUGACCAAGUCACACUUUGUGGCAAGUGCUUCCAGUCCCAGGAGCACAAGAAUCACGUAGUAUAUGGGAUACAAGAAGCUGCUGAGAAUUACAGGAAAUUAUUCCAGGAAAUAUUGAACACAUUGAGAAUGAAACUUGACGUAGCUAAGAGCAUAUUGACUGAUGAGCAAGAAAGAAUGAGGGUGAUUCAGGAAGAGGAGCAGAAUUUUAAAACGAUGAUUGAGUCUGAAUAUAGCAUGCAGUUCCGGUUGUUGAGUGAAGAGAAUGAGCUGAACUUCCUGAGAUUGCACAGAUACCAAUGUGACUCAAACAUAAGAGGAGUCAGUCUGAAUCAUCUGAACAGAUUUGCCACAGAGCUGGAGGAGAAGUCCCAGGAGAUGCUACAAAGACUGCACUAUUUGGGAAGAGAGAACAUGAGUAAACUGAAGGAGAGUGAAGUCAAGAUUUCUGAACAGCUCUGCAGCCUCCAAAGGAUCACCUCAGAGCUGAAGAACAAGUGUGCGGAGUCUGCCUUAACACUGCUCCAGAAUGCAAGGUAUUAUUUGGAAAGGAGUGAGUCACUACUGCUCCAGUGCCUUGAGCCUGCUCGCAUCACAGACCUGAGUUUAUGCCAAGUAAGAGGAAUGAACCCGAUGCUACCAGUGCUCCAAAGACAUAUAACUUUGGAUCCUGAAACAGUUCAUCCCUGCCUAGUCUUAUCUGAGGACCUGAGAAGAGUGAGAGUUGGAAAUAUCCAGCAGGGUGUACCGUGCCACCCAGGGAGAUUGGACUUCAGUGCUACAGUGAUGGGUUUGGAAAGCUUCACCUCAGGGAGGCACUACUGGGAGGUCGAUGUGGAAAAGGCAACCAGGUGGCAGUUGGGCAUAUCGGAGGACUCCGCAGACAGAAAGGGCAACAUGCCUGAAGCUUCCAAAGUCUUACUCACAGGAUCCUUGAUGGGGACCAAUUACACCUUCUGGGUCUUUCCCCCUUUAAAAAAGGUCUGCUUGAGAAAGCAAAUGCUUAAAGUGGGAGUCUUCCUAGAUUAUGAGUAUGGGCAGAUAUCAUUCUACAAUGUGACAGAGCGAUCCCUUGUUUAUAAUUUCUCUUCUCUCACCUUCCAAGGAGCUCUCAGACCCAUAUUUUCUCUUUGUAUUCCAAAUGGAGACAUGAAUUCCGAUUCGCUCACUAUCUCUUUGCCUCGUGUUCCUUCCUGA